CCGGCCUCGCCGCCGCCCGCGCGGGAAGGCCGGGUGUCUUCUUGCGGAGGGAAGUGACACCCGAAAUUGGAACCGGGGAAGCCGCAGCCUUCCGCGCUGUGCAGCCGGCUCGCGUGUCUUAGAUCGAAUGCACCGUAACGUUAAAGGGCGAUUCUCUUACAACCCUGCUGCUUUGGGAUGGCGGGUUACAUUUGAACUUGCAGGGCAUUUCACAGGCCAUUAAAAUCGGGUUACCAAUGGCAGCUGUCAGGUAGCCUGUUAUCCCUCACCGCGCUGCCGCUGCUGAGGGGAGGAGUCUCCACAGACCUGGGCCCAUUUCCUAGUUUUUUAACAAGUGCUGUUCUCUUCUAGGUCCUUGACAAAGACUCGUCGCAGCGUGGGGCUCCAGUUCAGUCCCUUCGUACCGAUAUUUAAUAAGCGACAUUUUCAAGCUAUGUGAAGAUUCAUAUUAAGAUUUAUUCCUCUGUGAUGGAGAAGUAUGAGAAAAUUAGGAAAAUUGGAGAAGGAUCCUAUGGAGAUGUUUUCAAAUGUAGAAACAGGGACACGGGUCAGAUUGUGGCCAUCAAGAGGUUUCUGGAAUCAGAAGAUGACCCUGUCAUAAAGAAAAUCGCCCGUCGGGAAAUCCGCAUGCUCAAGCAACUCAAGCACCCCAACCUUGUCAACCUCCUGGAAGUCUUCAGGAGGAAGCGGAGGCUUCACCUGGUGUUUGAAUACUGUGACCACACAGUUCUCCAUGAGUUGGACAGAUACCAGAGAGGGGUACCAGAACAUCUCGUGAAGAGCAUAACUUGGCAGACACUGCAAGCUGUAAAUUUUUGCCAUAAACACAAUUGUAUACAUAGAGAUGUGAAGCCAGAAAAUAUUCUCAUCACAAAACAUUCAGUGAUUAAGCUUUGCGACUUUGGAUUUGCUCGGCUUUUGACUGGACCGAGUGACUACUACACCGACUAUGUGGCUACCAGGUGGUACCGCUCUCCAGAGCUGCUGGUGGGUGACGCGCAGUACGGCGCCCCCGUAGAUGUUUGGGCAAUUGGCUGUGUCUUUGCCGAGCUGCUGUCGGGAGCACCACUGUGGCCAGGAAAAUCAGAUGUGGAUCAGCUCUAUCUGAUUAGGAAAACCUUGGGGGAUCUCAUCCCUAGGCACCAGCAAGUAUUUAGUACGAAUCAGUACUUCAGUGGGGUGAAAAUUCCAGAUCCUGAAGAUAUGGAACCACUUGAAUUAAAAUUCCCAAACAUCUCUUAUCCUGCCCUGGGGCUCUUGAAGGGCUGCCUCCACAUGGACCCUGUUGAGAGACUGACAUGUGAACAGCUGUUGCAGCACCCAUAUUUUGACAGCAUCAGAGAAAUAGGGGAUUUGGCAAAAGAACAUGAAAAACCAACAAGGAAGACCCUAAAACAGAGCCAAAAGCACCUGCCUGGGGUAAAAAUGGUGCACUGCCUUACAGAAACAUCCAAGUUGCAGUACCUACCUCAGCUAACUAGCAGCAGCAUCCUUCCAGCGUUGAAUAAUAAGAAGUACUACUGUAAUACCAAGAAACUUAAUUACCAUUUUCCAAACAUUUAAGGAGAUUGAUGAUAAAAAAAAGGAAGCAAUAAUUUGAAGAAAAUAAAACUUAUAUACUUGACUGAAAAUAAUUACAAUGUUGAAAACACACCAGGAGAAAACAUAAGCAAGUCAGGCCACUUGGCAUGGUAUGAAGGGAAAUUCCAGAUCCAGUCUUCCAUGCUUGAUGAUGGUGUCCAGAAAAGAAAGGAAAAACCUGUUUGGAGUUUCACUUGUAUUUUUGUUUAUGUAAGCAGCUGAACUUAGGGACAGAAAAUAAACUCUAUCUACUCCUCAUACCUUUGGCAAAAUUAGAUGAUUUCAAAGAGAUUUACGCUUCAGUGGUACCAUACGCUACAUGUGAAAAAUGGAUUACAAAAUGUCCAUAUUUAUUUCCUUUGGAUCUCUGUUACCUUGAGUCCUAUCUCCCUUUCAGAUUGUUUCAACGUCAUAUUUAAGAAUAGUUUUAGUUCUUGCAAUCAAAAUAUUUAAAAGUCUAUUUUCUGCUUACUUUAUUUCUUGAUUUUUAUAUUUUAAAACAAUUUUUUGGAAUAUUUAAGUUCAAAUAUUUAAAAUCAUAUUAUCAUACUUUGUAAUUUAUAUGCUUAUAUGUUUAAUGAUAUGUUUAUACAUUUUUUUUACAUAUACAUUUGUCUUUACCUUCAGUAAGGAUGUAUCUUAGUCACUUUUGCAGGCAAGAUGUAUUUGCUGUAAUCUGUCAACAUUUGUUCACUCAAUUUCCCUUGCAAACAAUGGCAUGAAGCUUGGCGGCUGACCAAGGUGGUCAAGGCGUAGAACAAGACCUACAGGCUUUGCAGGAACGGAACCUGUUAGCCUGAAAAUAAUUAGUACUUCAUUCCCUCCAGCUCAGCCUCAGACCUGGAGACAGAUCUAGAGCGUAGAAAUUGUAUAUAGUGAUCCGGAUUUUAGAAGAAACUGCUUAUGAGCUUUCACUUGACUCACGAAAGACGUUAGGUUGUAAACUGUUUUCCCGAAACAUUUACACUAUAUGUAUGUAUAUGUGUGUGUAUGUACACAUGCAUAUAUACUUACACACAUGCAUGUAUGUAUAUAUAUAUACUAUCUUUACAACUAAUUAGAAAGUAGUCCAAGCUGGGUGUGGUGGUGCAUGCCUGUAUUCCCAGCUACUCAGGAGCCCAGGAGUUUGAGGCUGUAGAAAGCUAUGA